CGUGGACACGGACCAAGGGACGAAUGCCCUGACUGUGCUUCGGAUCGGAAUAACGUUUUAUGCAUUGAACUAGUCACUGAGUUGAGCUUUAAGCAACCAUGUCCGGGCAAAACAACAGUAGAUUGCGGGUCUUGCUUACGAACGACGACGGACCUCCAGGCCACGACUCUCCAUACAUUUAUGGUCUAUACCGUCAUCUAACGACGGACCUAGGGUGGGACGUGAAAGUAGUGAUUCCGAGUUCCCAGAAGUCAUGGAUAGGGAAGGCAUACCAGAUUACGGAAACGAUUUACGGUCGAUACUACUACCCUCGCGGAUCUGAUGGUCUAGGGGAGACGUCUGAGAUAUCUAGACCUCUGAAGGAUGGCGAGACGGCAGAAUGGGUGCUAUUAGAUGGCACACCUGCAAGCUGCGCCAACAUAGCCCUACACAAUAUUUACCCUGAUCAGAUUGAUCUUGUGAUCUCAGGACCAAACCUCGGACGAAACAGUUCAGCCGCAUUUGCGAUGUCGUCAGGGACAAUUGGGGCUGCACUCUCCUCCAGUCUUUCCCAAGUGAGAUCAAUAGCACUUUCGUAUGGCACGGUAUUGCAUCCAACCCCAGAAGAGUUAUUCGAGCCAGCUCACCUGUUGAGCUCUCGCAUCGUCCGGCACCUUUGGGAUAAUUGGGGACAAGACGAUGGUAGUCUGCGCAAUGGCGAAGUUGAUUUGUACAAUAUCAACAUCCCAAUGGUGCAUGGACUUCUUGGUGACGAGGGACUAAAGAUAUAUUGGACAAAUAUCUGGCGUAAUUCAUACGGCAGGUUGUUCAAAGCUCAUGCCGUUACUGGGCCAGUUGUAUGUCCUGCUGGCCCAGAUUCGCUGGACUCGCGUAAUAAUGGAGGGACGAGUCAAGAUCCCUUGACAUUCAAGUUUGCACCUGACAUGAAGAACCUUCUCGAUCCGGCCAGCUCGCCUGUAGGAACUGAUGGUUGGGCCGUUUCUCAUGGACAUGUCAGUGUGACGCCAUUAAGGGCCAGCUUUGCGGAGCCUGGGGUACAGGGUUCGAUAGAACAGGCGACGAAUACCUUCGAAGAGAACGGAUUGUGGAAGCAGAAGCUGUGAUUGGUGUAUGAUCCGGCAGGGUUGUAGAUAGUCAUGUAUCACGUUUGGGAUCGAAUCCUCAAAUACAACGUAUGCAAGGUAUACCUGAAAGAUGGGGAGCUCUAUAAUCUAUAAUUCAAUAUACUAAAGUCCAUCCGCAAAAGCAAAAGUACAAUGAUAUUAUCUACACCCGGUGUAGUAAAUCUUUCA